AUGGCAGAGACCACUAUGGUGGCGUGGACGAUCGCCGAGGUCGAGGACCCAACGAACGUGCACUCGUUCGACGAGAAGGCAACGUUCCAUGCGAUCGAGUUCCCGGCGCAGCAUGGCAGCACGGUCAUGAAGCUUCUCGCCAAGGCAGCGAUGAACCUCAAGGACAUGGGCUACGGGCACCUCAAGCGCAUGAAGAAGGCCGCGGCGCCUGGCCGGCUGCUUGCGCUCGUGGCGCCCGACGCCGCCGUCGUUGCCACGGUCAUUGAGGCGCUACCGACCGUCAACGACCUCGUGACAGUCUGCGUCGACGUCCCAAAGUACGCGGCGACGACCAAGGACGAGUUCGCGGCCGGCAACGCCGAGUGGCCCAUGGUUUUCCACCCCAACGUCGACGCCACCUCGGUACCGCUCACGGACGACGAAGUGCGUCACAUGCAAGCAUUUGUAUCGCGUCUGUAUGAGGAAGCCACGGACGCGCCAUCAACACUCGCCAAUGGUUGCGGCCGCCAGCACUGCCUCGUCGUGAACCCGUUGACCAACACGAUUGUGGCGUCCGCAGCCGACUGGACGCCCGUGGGCUGCAACCCGCUCAUGCAGCACGCACCGAUGCAAGCGCUCGAGGUCGUCUCGAUACAGGACGUUGCCCGCGACCAGAGCCAAGCGGCGACCGAGUCGUACCUGUGCACGGGCUACGACGUCUACGUGGCCGUCGAGCCGUGCGUUAUGUGCGCAAUGGCGCUCGUCCACAGCCGUGUCCGACGCGUCAUCUACUUCAAGAAAAACGCAGGCAGCGGCGCGCUUGGCUCCAACUACUACCUGCACACAAAGCGGUCGCUGAACCACCGGUACCGCGUCUUUCACGCGUGCCAACCAAGCCCGUAGUUGUAUUUAGUUAGCGUCUUCGUGCAGUCAUGAUCAAUAAGAAAUGAUUGGAGCAG